AUUGGGGUAAGGGUGCAUUGUUAGACUCUGUUAGAGUGUGUACUAAACUCCUACAGCAGGGACAACACGACUGGACACCUGACCAGAGGUCUCUCUCUCUCUGUACCUCAGACGCUGCACAACCUGAACUCAAAGCUACCCAACACACAGUGGAGUAAGCUACAACUCUCAAUACAAUUACAAAUUAUCAAUAUUUAUUGAUCGGGAAGUGCUGCGCUGCGUUGGGACAUAGCUGCGUUGGAGAGACGGUUGAUGAUCGAGGUUGGCUAGGUGGAUUUCCUCUGGUUUUCACCCGUCAACGUGGACUAUAGCAACAGAGACAAGAUCAAGAUGAACCAGACCAAGGUGGUAGAAGAGGAACUGUAUAACUACUAUGACUACUCAGACUGGUACUCCAACAAUAUGGAACCCACCAGACCUCCAAAAGAAGUUAUUCUCCCGUGUGACCCCACAGCGGAUGACCAGCUUUUUCACAUAUGCAUCGCUUCAGUAUCUCUCGUUGUGGUGCUGAUUCUAGCAGUCCUGAAGAGGAGAAAGAGUCUAUGUGAGGGUUUUGCCAGUGGAUCAACUGGCAUCUCAAGUCCAGUGAACUUCCUGGACCAGACGCAGCACAAAGCCCUAGCAGUAGCUGUGUUUGGGCUGGUCUUCAGCAAGCUGUCUGUAUUGGUCCUGGCUCCAGAUCCCCUGCCCUUCUCCAAAGACACCCCUCAGGAAAUCAAAGAGUACAUGAAGAUCAUCGCCAUCUUCUACUGGCCUGCCCUGUACUACCCACUCCUGGCCUGUGGUACGCUCCACAGUAAACUGGGCUAUGUGCUGGGCAGUCUAUUCUCCUGGACCCACUUUGCUGUCCUCGUCUGGCAGAAGAUUGACUGUCCCAAAACACCAGAGAUCUUCAAAACACUGGGGUUAUUGUCUGGCCUGCCAGUUAUUGUCUGCCCAAAACACUGGCCUGUUAUUUUUGAUUCUGAUCCUCUUUGGCUUCAGGACCUGGAGAGCAGCUACUACACAGACUACGUGAAAUUAAUUCUAAAGAAGAAAAAGUCAAACGUCAGUACCUCAAUCAGAUCAGAUAAACCCAAACUGUUGGAGACAGUAAAAGACACAGUCAAGUCCUAUAUCUACACACCAGAGAAAGUAUUCCGGUUCCCACUGAAGCUGGCGAUCUCAGCAUUUGUGUCGUCCAUAGCAGUUUAUCAGGUGGCGCUGUUGCUGGUAAUACUGGUGAUCCCCACCCUCCAUAUAGUCCGUGCUGGUAUAGAUGACAAGUUUCCCUUCCUUCUGGAGGGCUUUGGUAUUGUCCUAUCAGAAGACAGGAUGGAGGUGGUCCAGAUUGUUAUUCACUAUACCUGGUGUCUGGAAGUGUGUUACCUGUGUGGGUUGACCCUGGCCUGUACGCUCACCCUGAUCAUGCUCAUGAGGUCCAUGAUCCUUCACAGAUGGAACCUCCAGGGCUUGUACAGAGGAGAUAUUUACAACGUGUAUAAUUGCCAGAAGAGCAUCCGUCCGUCUCAGACAGGCCUAGUGUGUUGGAUGGGCUUCAUUGGAUAUCAGGCUGCUGUCAUCUCUUUAGGAAUGGUCUUCCAGACUUUGGUCUUCUUCAUCUGUUUUGUGUGGUUGGUGUUCCUCAUCAUCAUCCCCAUCUUGUAUGGCCAGAACCUUAUACUCUUCCAGGUCGCUGCCAAGGCCUGGCCUGUGUGGCUGACGUUGAUACUGACUAUUACUCUACAACACGUGACAGCCAGGUUUGCUUUCAUCAAAAAGGAUGCUGGGACAAGAGACUUGAACAACAGAGGCAGUCUGUUCCUGCUUACCUACCUGCUCUUCCUGAUCAACAUCGUGGUGGGGUUGAUAGCAGCCAUCUGGAGGAUGGUCAUCACUGCCCUCUAUAACAUCAUCCACCUGGGACGCAUGGACAUCAGCCUCCUCAACCGCGCUGCUGAAUCCUACGACCCGGCUUAUUGUUACUACACCCACUACCUGAAGGUAGAGGUCAGCCAAUCACACCCUGUGAUGAAGGCCUUCUGUGGGCUGGCGCUGCAGGCUGCCUCGGCUGGAGGUGCUGGACAGAAGAUGCGAGAUGCUGAGGAAGGGAUCCAGCUGGUGAAUCAGGAGAAGAGACCGGACAAGGUGGUUAACAGCAGGAGGGUGCGGGCACGCUGGCAGUUACUCUACACGCUGGUCAACAACCCGUCUCUACUGGGGUCCAGAAAACACUACCAGCUGCAGCCCUCUGACAGCUUCGUGAACGGAACGAACCGUAGCGCCGCGGCAGGAAGCAAGAAAGACGCCAGCAGUAAACCCACCGCUGCCGAGGCAGGCGCUGCCACACCCUCAGGCGCUGCCACACCCCCAGGCGCUGCCACACCCUCAGGCGCUGCCACACCCUCAGGCACUGCCACACCCACAGGUGCUGCCACACCCUCAGGCCCUACCACACCCUCUGCUGCUGCUAACUGAGACCAUGACACACGGUCAUGACUGACGUCAUGUGGUUUAUGGGGUACGGACACCCUGCUGCUCUCUAUAGAACCCAAUGUUCCAACUGCUUGGUCUUCAGGGUAGCAGUUGACUGUAGAGGCCUGUAAUUUCUGUGGGUUGCAGUCAAGUGCCUUGGCUUGUUCAGCUCCACAUGCAGUGAAUCUCUAUGUAUGUUGCUUUCUGUGUCAUAUUGUUGUCUGCAAUGUCGAUUUUAAAAUUUGCUGGUCUAUUAUUUAGUUUUUGGUAAAGGUCGUUACGGUGAAAUAGUACAACAUCUUAACGGUUGUAUGUGUUUGGUUAUGAUGCACAGAACACAUCCUGUUUUAGCAUCCACUAUCUACCCCUUCCUUAAUGUGCUGCCCUUUAUCAGUUGUUUCGGUACGUUUUCAGAGGUUGAGAUAUUUGCUUUCAAAAUAUAUUUAAGAACAAUGAUACAUUUAUUUUUUGUGUAAAUUAAUGUAACUGACAUCACAAUCCAGAGUGAAAAAAAAAUCAACUGUUUUCCUUCCAGGUGGGAGAAUGUGAUUAAGACUCUUAUUUUGAAAGAGAGACUUCUUUUCAAACAAAUAAAACCGUUUUAAAGUAAAUACAGGGGAACAACAAACGUGUUUUCAAGAACCAUGAUGACUGCGUAUGGAAACCCAUUUUUACAGAAGCCAAUAUUCAAUGCAGGUGCUUCUACACCUGCAUUGCUUGCUGUUUGGGGUUUUAGGCUGGGUUUCUGUACAGCACUUUGAGAUAUCAGCUGAUGUACGAAGGGCUAUAUAAAUACAUUUGAUUUGAUUUUGAAUUUGAUUUGAUUCAGACAGUUCAUUCGUAGUACAACAACCCCUAUUUUUGGCAUUUCACUAUAGAUCGAAUAACAUGCCAUGUUUGGAAGCUGCAAAUCAAUAAGGAACAAGCAUUCCUUGUCAAUACUUUAUUACUUCAGGCACAUAUAGCAGAGGAUGAACACUGAGGCAAUGUACACAUCUGAAACACUUACAUUUAACCAUAGGCUAUCAAAUUGUAACACUUAUCUUACUGUUAAAAUGUAAGAGUUGAGCAACGGUGGGGGUUUUAAUGGAUAUGAGAUAGAGACACGUGGGUCAUGUAUGUUAUGGACACAUUACCAGGUUAAAGGUCACUGUAAAAUGACGUACAACAAUAGCUUGUGACACACAGCUUAAUAAGGGUUUGUUGGCAACAGUGAAGUGGACGUUCACUCUAGAUGUAAAAACAAAACAUAGUGUGUAAAGCUGUCCUCGAGGCAAAGCUGUCCUCGAGGCAAAGCUGUCCUCAAGGCAAAGCUGUCCUCAAGGCAAAGCUGUCCUCAAGGCAAAGCUGUCCUCAAGGCAAAGCUGUUCUCAAGGUAAAGCUGUCCUCAAGGCAAAGCUGUCCUCAAGGCAAAGCUGUCCUCAAGGCAAAGCUGUUCUCAAGGUAAAGCUGUCCUCAAGGCAAAGCUGUUCUCAAGGCAAAGCUGUCCUCAAGGCAAAGCUGUCCUCAAGGCAAAGCUGUUCUCAAGGUAAAGCUGUCCUCAAGGCAAAGCUGUCCUCAAGGCAAAGCUGUCCUCAAGGCAAAGCUGUUCUCAAGGCAAAGCUGUCCUCAAGGUAAAGCUGUCCUCAAGGCAAAGGGGGGGGGGGGGGGGGGGGGCUACUUUGAAGAAUCUAAAAUCUAAAAUAUAUUUUAAAUUGUUGAACACUUUUUUUGGGGGUUACUACAUGAUUAAAUAUGUGUUAUUUCAUAGUUUUGAUGUCCUCACUAUUAUUCUACAAUGUAGAAAAUAGUAAAAAAAAAUAUAAAAAAAUAAAGACCUACUCAUUCAA